GUUGAUUUUUGCCUUGUGUUUUGUACAUUUUUGGGGGAAAAUAUUUUCAGUCGAUGCCAGUUGAUGUAACGGUGUUCUUUGAUCCGCUGUUAUUUCAACUACAGACAAUAAUCACUUUCCAGCUCUGAUUUUUUUCUGAGGUAGUGCUACUAAGUCUCCACAAUGUCACAGUACAGUAGCUGUAUGCUUAUGAACAAUGAUGCAUUGUUUCGUGUUGUUUACAUUCUGCAGUAUGUUUCUUACUCUAACGUUAGUUACAAACUUUUUAUUACAAUAAAGUUGAUUUCUACCUUUUAUUACUGCUGUAAAUCUCCUGACUGCAGAUAGAAUGCUGUUUCCUUGCAAGAGUUAAAGUAAUAUGUUGGAGUUUUUUUUUUUUCGAAUAUGGGCACUUUUGGUCCUGUAGAAAAUAAAUGAUCUUAAAAGAAAUCUUAAAUACAAUUUCACACCCUAAAUAGGUUAUUUAUUUUGGUUAAUAAUACCAAUUUCUGACAGUGUAUAAAUGCAACACAGAAGAACAUAUUUUCUGACAGUCCCACAAUGAACAUUCCCACAGUUUAAUUGUCAAUACAUCUUAAAUUAUAUGUUUAAUAGCAUCUUUAUUUGAAAUAAUAACAUUUUAAACAUUAAUAAAAUUCAACUCCUUUAUCUUUAUAAGGCUAAUUUUAUAGCUAGCAUUUUAUGUAUAAUAAAUAUUCACAAUUAAAUCAUAUUUUGCAUAUUUUGCAUAAUUUAACAUAAUUUCUGUUUGCACAUGGUGUGCAAUGAAAGUAUUAUUUUUACAAGUAAUAUUCACCUGUUUGUUGUUUUCCUCCUGGUACAACUGUAAAAUGUUACAAUACAUAUUAUACAUGAAAAGUAUAGAAAUAAUUAUAAAUAAUUCAUGAGGGUAAGGAUAAUGUUUCCAAUAAAGUUUGAUUGCUAUCUUCAUAUAACAAACAAAUAAUAAAAAAAAAAUUACAUGUAUUUAUAAUCUAACUAUAAUGACAGUCCACUGAACGGCAAGUUUAAGAACCCAUAUGCAGUUUAUUUACAAACGUGAUCCAAAAUACAAACAUAAUCCGAGACUAGGGAUGCAACGAUACCAUUUUUUCAGAACAGAUCCGAUCCGAUCUUCUGAGUAUCUACCGAUACCGAUCAUAAUCCGAUACCAGCGCAGUUUUUUUUCAAUCGAUGUAGAAUUGCUAUACUUCUGUGUUGACCUGAUCGUCACUCUUUUGUGUGUUAAACACAAUCUACUACAUAUAGAUAACUUCAUUUUAAUGAAAUAUAAAAUAUUAUAUUAAUAUUAUUAAAUUAAAUUAUUAAUAUGAUUAAUAUUAUAUUAAUAAUAUUAAAAAUAUAUCAUCAUAAUCUAUAACAAACAUACUAUUAUAAACUAGGUUAGUGGAUAAUUCAGCAGCAAAAGAUACUCUAGAAAAAUGGGGUGCACAAUUUUAUAAAACUUAGUGAAACAUUUUUAUUUACAAAUAAAAGUGAAUAAGUGUAGGACUAAAUCUGGUCAAAUGGUACACAUUGCUCUUUGUAUUGUUGUAGUGUAUUAAAUCUGUGCGUUAGUUUAUUGAUCCUUUUCUUUUAUCAGUUUUAAACCUCAGUUACUGUGCACUCUUGAAAAGAGUUUGACUGUCCUGACCAAACGUGUAUGCAGUUUGACGCUGAAUGGAGGAUAACAGACAGCUGCAGCGGAGAGAAGAAUUUACCUGAACUUGAAUUUAACAAGUUAAAUAUUCAUCUGUACCUCAGAUUAAACUAUGGAACAGCUUCAGAACACUUGAAAUACAGUGCACAAAAACUUUAUGGUGCUUUAUAAUGUCUUUGUGCCUUUCGUGGGGCUCAACAAUACCACAGAAUAGUAUAUGCACAAUAUCGGAUUUGGAUCAGUCUUGUCUGAUCAAUACCCGAUCCGCAGAAAAUGACCGUGUCAGAGCCGAUACCGAUACUGAUACUGAGUAUCGGAUCGAUGCAUCCCUAUCCGAGACUUGACUUGACUCAGCAUGGACAAACUAGACUCACCGACAGCAGAUAUUGGUCUAGUCGCAGUGAUGAGGCGAGGAGAUCCUAUCCCUCGAGCCUUUCAGGCUCCAGUGGAUGUACAUGCCAGUGCGGAUGGCCAAGUAUACAUGUUCAGACACAGACAAGAAGAACCAGACGUGUCAUCUGAGGAUGAGGAACUCAAUGUCAUGGAGCUCCGGCCGCGAAGCAGAGACUCAUCCUCACAGGAGAGAGAAAGAGUGGGAGAAAUGCUCUUGUUGGAACGGGACAUCUCACAUGAGGACAAUCUCAACAAACUGGCUCUUCAAUAUGGAUGCAAGGUGGCUGACAUAAAAAGGGUGAACAACCUUUUUCAAGAGCAGGACAUGUAUGCACUGAAGUCCAUCAAAAUUCCUAUAAAGAAGCAUGGCUUGCUAACCGAGGCCAACUCUGAGCUCAGGAACCCCCAGCAAAGACCAUCCAAUGAUGUAGCAUCGUCAGACAGUGCUGAAGCAAACGUCUCAGGAAGACCUCAGGUGCAGGAGUACACCAAUUACCUAAAAGAGGUGGACAGUGACAUUGAGCGUCUGAUUCAAAGCACAGACCCCUCAGAAGAGGUAUUUUCCAACAGUUCUAAGGUAUCCAAACGAUGGGGGUGGAGAAGCCAGCGUUUGCGCAGCUAUGGUGCAGACUGGGGGAUCCAGUGGUGGAACGCUGUAAUUGCCAUGUUGCUCAUUGGCAUUGUCCUGCCAAUAUUCUAUGUGGUAUAUUUUAAAACUCAAGAUAAUGGUGAAUCAGUAGUGAACAAUAGAAUGAACAACAUCACUGUGCCUACCUCAAACAGUACAGGGUGAGCGUCAGCUCAUUGGACCUCGGGAGUAUAAUAGAAAAUCACCUUGAAAAAAGUGAGUAUAGCACUUGAAAAUUUGUAAUUUGGUUUGAUGCCUACAAUUUUCUUUGGUACAUUGAUAAACUUAGUAUUAUAAGUUCACACAGCCUGAUCUUAUGGCAAUUCGUACAUAUUUUACGAGGUGGCUAAUUCGUACGAGCUUACUUUUUUGCCAAAUCGUACGCAUUUUACGAGUUGCACAAUUCGUAUAAAUUUGUACGAAAGACCUACAACCUAACCCCACCCCUAAAUCUACCUGUCACUGGGGUUUAGACAAAUCGUACGAAUUCGAAUUGAAAAAGAUCACAUUAUUCAAAAUUUGUGUUCCACAGAAAAAGAAAGUAACAUGAAUAUGGAGAGACAUGCGGGUGGGUAAAUGAUAACACAAGUUUUUUGGUGAGCUAUCACUUUAAUUUCAUUUGCAUAGUGAAGGUACCUAAAGAGAUCAUUUAUGAGAUUAUGAGUUUGCGUUACAAACUGGGCGUUGUAUCUGCUCACACUCCACACUCAGAUUGUUGAAACUGUUGUUAUUGUUUUUAUGGGUGCUAUAUUUAACAGAAUAAUGAAAUGGUUAUAACAGUUUUUCUUUGUGGAGAAAAACACAACAAAAAAACAAUACAAAAAAAAUAAUAAUAAUGAAACAGCUUUUCUCAUCAAAUUGAUCAUAUUUUUGUGGUCCUGUCUUUGCAAUAAUUUCACCAAGCAUUGAUAUACAAUUACAGAAAAAUGUAAAAAAGGAAAAGCAAAAACGUACUUUAUAAAAUUGGGUAUGAUGUUUUGCAGUUUUAUAUCUGUUUGCCUUAAUGUUAUUUUGUGCUAACUCAAAUUUGUAUACAUUUCUUUGUUUUGAUUUUGAACACUACUGCCAAAUAGUUAUUUCAGUGUGGAAACGCACUAUAGUGCCAGCAGUGCCAAAGAACGGACUUGUAUUAAAUAACUGUUUGUUCAGUCAUUAGAAGUGCAAUAAAGACAUAUUUCACAGGAAGGGCUAAGCUCAUGUGCAGAUGGACACAUUUUGACCUUUGGAUUGUCAUAUUAAAACAUAUCUUUUGAAUCAUAGUACUGUUUUUUCUUAGAUAUGUGUAUUAUUGCACUGGGGUGGCCAAUGGGUGAAUAGGCCUACAUUAAAUAAAUAAAGGCCGGGACACACCAAGCCGACGGCGAGCGACUGUCGGGUUAGUUUGUUUGGUGUGUUCCACUCAUCGGCUCUUGUCGGGCUCACGUCGGCGGCAGUUUGCCCGAUUCAACAUGUCGAAUCGGCGUCGGGGAAGUCGGCGAGGGUGAUAACUCUGAUUGGAUGUUCAGUUAGCGAAGGAGUCAGUGCCCAAGAAAUAAAGUGAAAGUGAUGAAAACAAGCAUGUAAAUGAAGGCGGUACAGACAGACUGCUGUUUAAAUGUUACGUGAUCUUUCCCAAUCAUUCUAAUGGCGAAUGUUUUCAUAACAACAUGAGCCGCAUAAAUGAUUAAAGUUAGUCUAUCAACGUUACUGAUAUUCAAAAUGGUAAGCAAGCGCUACUUUGUUUACAUUUCCUAUAUCUGCCUUUAUCUCUUGACUUACAUCUUUGUUUCGGUUUCUCCUUUUGAAUGAGGAAUAUAUAGGCCUACUAUUGAUAGCUGCUGAUAUGGACAGUUAAUUCCUCUCGCGCAUGCGCAGAACGCAUGUGUUACUUUUUAGUCUGUGCGGUCUGUUCAAGCGUAGUUUUUUUGGUCCAACGCUGCUGAAGCGAGGCGACAACACCGUCGGCUUUCUUCGCCGCUAGUUCUUUGAAGUCGGGUUGGUGUGUACUGUUGUGCCCAUUUUGGACCCCCUGCCAAAUUAUUACCCCUCUCGUUAAAAUCGCUAAAUGAUUGCCUAAUCCUAACCCCUCCCCCACACCUAACCCUAAACCUAGGGGAGGUAAUAAUCUGGCAGGGGUCAGAAUUGGGCACAACACCGGCCUUAAGAAAAGGUUCUUCAUGGCCUUUUGAGUAAUGUCUUAUAUAGUUGCUUAUGUGGUUGUAAACAGAAGAAAACCUGGACCCAAGCUGAUUUUCAGUCAUUAUUCUCUAUAAAAAGGUUACAUAUUUAGGAACUAUGUAAUAUAAAAAAAAAAGCAGUCUACUGCUAUCUUGGAUUGUGAGUGAUUAAAGUCUAUGUAAUAGUAAACUGUACAAACCCAAUAUAGGCCUACCCAUUAAACAUUUAAAUUGGUGAAUUAAGGGUGAUUGGGACAUAAGGUUAAAUGGGACAGUAUAACUAGCCUAUACAGAAUUUAUUUUCUCACCUAAUGAGUGAAAAUAAAAACUUUUUUUUGCUGAGUCCUGUGUUUUGUGUAAGACCACAUAAUUAAAAUGGGAUGCCCUCAUUGGUGUGACAUCAUUUAGGUGGGCCAGGCAUGCAUCAAACAGGAAGUUGACCAUGAAAAGCAUUAACUGAGGAAAAUGACAUAAGCUUUUGCUUAUUGCUUAUUUCGUUUUCAUAAUAAGGUCCUAAAAUUGUCAUAGCUACUAUAUUAUGCAAACAUUUGAUGGAAACAUAAAUAUGAUACACUGCUUCUACAAAAUCAGUAAAAUAAAAAAAGUGUUAUUAUCAUGUUUCUAUUUUCUGAAUUUGGUUGUUUUUAUUUUGUCCCAUCCACCCAAACACAACUGGAUGGGACAGUGCUUAAAGGCUUUUUAAAAAAUGUGCACUGUCUUUUUAAUAUUAUUUGUUUAUAUUUUAAGUUUUACUUAUUUUAGAGGAACUAGCUUUCAAACAAACUGUCAUUUUUGGAACUUAUCUUAAAAAGGAACAGGCCACCAACAAAUUGUCUCUGCCCACAGACUUGCAGCCAUGUUUCCGUCCUACACCAUGUGUUUCCAAUCUUUCUUGCACUCCAAUUCCAAGUCUUCAUUGUCCUUUUUUCUUUUCCCAUCCACUUUAGU